GCGCACACAAAAGAUCGGCAUACAUCGUGACGUCACGACGAAAUGCGCUCAAAGCCAAUGGUCAUAUGUAUCAGCGAGAGCGAGUACCAGCUAUCAGUAUUAGCCCGGUCAUCUUUCUGUACGCGACACGCGCGAUGCCGAUUGCGCGCGGCAAGACGAGCGGCAAGGCGAUCUCUUCGCAGCCGAGAAACACUUUGAUAUCUGUGCGCGAAGAAGUUUGCAUUGAAGCGCAGCCCGAGAUGAAAAACAUUGUUUCGCGAACGCGAUGACGGAACACUGAUUCACAUCCAUGAUCCAUUGUCGACGAACGUUUUUCUCGACCAUCGCUAAUCGCGCCGAUUUUUAGCAUCGACUAAAAAAAAAGACUAAAGAAUAUCGACGCGCUUAAUCGCGCAUUCGUUCGCGUUUGUUCUUUUGCAUUUGCUCGUGGGUGAUUGGAUUGCUGUCGGCGAUCGAGACAACGCCAAUGAGAUUUCGCGGGACCUGGAGAUUUUGCCGUCUCGCAAACGCGGGUGUUCGACCUCGUGCAAAGGCCAAGCGGUAGCGCGCGAGCGAGUCGCGCGACCUCUCAAUAUUAGUUCGAUGUUAGAGAGUCAAUGUUUCUUACGCUUUUGGACUGAUCGUGGAUAUUUCGACGUGCCGCUUCGUUAAACGAGAAUGGAACAGCUUGGAUGACACAAAAUAACUGGUUGUACACCAUUCAUCAUGAAUACAACGCGAGAACCGAAACAGUACGUUUCGCCGCAUGGGUGCCUGGGUUGACGAACGUUUCGCGGAGGAGGAGGUGGUCCCAAGUAAUCAAAGUGCUACUUGGACUUGGAGAAUCUGGGGCCGCAAUUGCAAUGGUGGUGGACCAUUGCAUGGUCGACCGGGUGCCGACUAUCAAUCGCCAGACAACUUUACAUCGACCUGGUCGUCAGCAUCCCUAUUACCGUUGCGCCGUCAGUUCACUAGGCAGCUCUACGAGUGGCCUUGUUUACCGUUGUUUAAGUCAAGGACGAAAUUAGACCUUUAUUAAAUCGAUCGUUCCGAUUUGCGGAGGAGAAGGGCCGCCCAAAUUUCCUUGCAAAUAUACAGAUUGCUCGAAAAUUUUUGUUACCGCGUGUGAUUGUUCGUAUGUGUGCGUCUAUGUGCGUCUAUGCGUAUCGUACGGGAUCAGUUUCCACAUCACGAAGAGGAGGGAAAUUGGAUCGCAAGUAUUUUGAUAUCUCGAAAGAAAAGUGAAGUACCACCUUUAUAUUCUUCAUUUCUUCAAUAUGGCCGAGUGGACCAAGUUUAGCGAUGGAGACAAGCAGAUUCGACUCGACGAACGAACGACGAAUGAUACGACCGUGAGGCGAUUAUCGUACAUCGAAACGAGUGACGAUGAAAUUAUCAACGAAGGAAAUUUACGUAUGGCAAACGAUCCAAACAAUUGCGUUGAUUGCGAUGAUAACUGUGAAGAGGCGAUUAUGGAUUCGUGUUCGGUUCGGGGAUCGGAGUACGUCAACGGCUUCCGAAACAACUCAGACUCAUUGGAAGAUGCAGACGGAGACAAGCGAAAGGAAGAAGAAGUAAGAUUUGUAGAGAACGAUCCGGAACGAACAGAGCAAUCGGGCUCGAGGAUACGGUGGGAAGCUCAUCAAGAGCUAAAAGAAGCUUCGCAAAAUUUACAAAGUUCACCAAAGAGACCCAAUAGCCUCUACAAAGAGGAUGCAGCAUCUAGUCCACAGAAACUCAAGAGCGUUUUCAAUGAGAGGGGUACAAUUUUUAACAGGUCUCCUACCAGCAGGAUUCUUUCGUCAUCCAAGAGUCACUCGUCGACCGAAAAGAGUACCGAGAAACUCGUGAACGGUAAAUCUCCAAAGGAAGACAAGCAGCAGCACCAUGUGCAAUUCAACAAAGAUUCUCAAAAGCAGCAGCUACGUCACACACCUGAGGAAAGACCGCAUCCAAGUCCAUCAAUUUCUACGUCUACCACAAGCAGUUCCGAGGACAAUUCCAGCUUGGGACAGUUUUGUGAAGCUAGACCUCCCGACGGAGGUUGGGGCUGGGUCGUCGUGGCGGCCUCCUUUAUGGUAAAUUUGAUCGCGGAUGGCAUUACCUUCUCCUUUGGCGUAAUAUACGUUGAAUUUCUCAAUUAUUUCGGCGAGGGCAAGUCCAAGACAGCAUGGAUCGGCAGUCUCUUUAUGGCGAUGCCAUUAUUGUCGGGACCGGUGGCAAGUUUUUUAACCGACCGGUACGGAUGUAGAAAAGUGUCGGUGGCCGGGAGUAUUCUGGCGACAGCUGGUUUCGUCAUAAGUUCCUAUGCAAACUCUAUGGAAGUACUCAUCUUCACAUUCGGCAUCGUAGCAGGUUUCGGCUUGUCCUUGUGUUUUGUCGCAGCGGUGGUAAUUGUGGCGUACUAUUUUGAUAAAAAGAGAUCUUUUGCUACCGGUCUAUCGGUAUGCGGUAGCGGAAUCGGGACUUUUAUCUUCGCGCCUGUCACGCAGAAUCUUUUGGCAGAGUACGGCUGGAGAGGAACUACGCUGAUUCUGGCAGGAUUGUUUUCCAAUCUCGCUGUAUGUGGAUGUCUGAUGCGGGACCUCGAAUGGACUACCACCAGAGCAAAAGCGAAAACUCAAGAGAGGAAAAAGAAUCGAGAAAAGAAGAGAUCUAAAAUGCAGAGUUCCAGUGCAGAUUCCUUUUCCGCUACCAGCUCCGCAAACACGACUACGCAAACGCCUCACGGUGAUUCUAAAAGAGGUUUUGCAUCGGCUAACGCGAUGAUUAUUGAGAAUCUUCGGCCGCAGGAUGGAUGCGACGAGGAGAGUGGUGAGAAGUUAUUCUCUAGCUUGGUGAAUCUGCCUACCUUCGUCAAGAACGGGGAAAGAGUACCUCUUGAGGUGCUGGAAUUGCUCAGUACGAACAAGACCGUUUACAAUGUCCUUCUACAAAACUAUCCGAGUCUUUUGAUCUCGUCGAGGAGUUUUAGCGAUUCCGGGGCAUUACACGAUCAGUUGAGUACACCCUCGGCUCGAUUUAUAUCUACGCCGAGCCCAUUAGCUGAAUUGCGAGCUGAAGGUAAGGACAAGGGAAAUGAUAAUCGAAUUUUGCGCGGCGAUCAGCAGCACCAGCAGAAUCAGCAGCAGCAGCAGCAGCAGCAGCAGCAGCAGCAGCAGCAACAGCAGCAACAUCAAUCGGUAGAACCGGCAUAUUUAUGGUGGCUGAAGAAAAUCGAUUCCGACACUCCAUUAAGACGAUCUAGCACAUUGGAACAACCGAGGAGGCUGCCGACUGCUUAUUUAAAAGAUAUCAGAAUGCAUAGGCAUAGUCUGACUUACAGAGGCGCCAUGCUCAAUAUCAAUCGAUAUCGUUUGAGAGCUUCGAGUUGCCCGGACAUUUACAGAAAUUCAAUGACUACAAUUGCCAAGACGAAGCUCGUCUGGUACGCUGGACUCUGGGAAUUUUGGGAUUUGAUUGUUGAUAUGCUGGACUUUUCGUACUUUGCCGAUCCAAGGUUCCUGCUGUUUGCCGUCAGCAACUUUCUCCUGCACACGUGGUACGAUGUGCCUUACGUCUAUCUGACGGACAAUGCAAUCGAAGUUGGAUUUAGCGAAACGGAUGCGUCUAUUCUGAUCUCGGUGAUCGGGAUCGCUAACAUGGGCGGCGAGAUUCUUCUGGGUUGGGCUGGUGACAGGGCGUGGGUGAAUGCGUCUAUCGUAUAUGCAGUGUGCAUGGCGCUCUGCGGUAGCGUUACCGCUCUGAUACCGAUAGUUGUCAACGAUUAUUACACUCUAUGUGCAAUCUCUGGUGCCUUUGGAUUAUUCAUCGCAGCAAAUUACAGCCUCACCAGCAUCAUCCUUGUUGAGCUGAUCACCUUGGAGAGAUUUACGAACGCUUAUGGUCUUCUGUUACUCGUUCAAGGAAUCGCCAAUCUUAUGGGCCCUCCGCUAGCUGGAUGGCUGUACGAUAUCACAGGCACGUACGAUCUGUCCUUCUACUUGGCGGGAUUGUUCAUUGCGUUAAGCGGCGCAUUGUUAUUAGUGAUGCCUUUGAUUGGUUUGUAUCGAAAGUGUCGAAACGAAUCUAGAGGGGUAACUAGCAACAAAGAUUUCAAUGCGAUAAACAAUGUGUAAAUAUGCCGAUAUUUAUUGCGAAGGAGCCAGAGAAAAGUAAUCAUCUUCGAUAUGAUUCUAUCAAGCAAUUGUCAAGGGAUAUCAAAGGAAUUGCAACACACAUUGCGAAAAUGGGCAUCCCUUAAUUUCGUGGUAGUUGGUACUUGGUAGUGUCAUUCCGCGUAGCAAGCUAAAUACACGAGCCGGCUGUGGUGUAUUACAUAAUUAUAGUUAUAAUUAUAGUUUCUCGAAAUGCCUUUUCAGGUUCAUCGAUUUUCCGUGACGCGAUUAAUGCGAACAGCUCGAGGAAUGUUAUAUAUAAAGGAAAAAAUAGCAAGUCGCAUUGGUGAAGUGACUUUCCGACUCUGUGCGAUUAUCAAUUGAUGCGCUUUACCUGUAAACGAUUGCGAAAGUUAUCAGGUCGUUUCUAAUCUCUUAUAUAGACAUUGCGUAAAGAAAAUUAUUUCAAGAAUACAAACAUAGCUUUUUUGUAAUUUUUUGAAUAGCGUAGAGCGAUAUGUUACGAUAUAUAAUAAUAUCUAUAUGUACAAAUUAGGAACAUGCCGCUUGCGAUAUAAUAUAAAGUCAAAGAGCCUGCGGAAAGCGUAGUGAUGAGCUACGCGUUGCCGUCGAUGAUUUGUAUAUCUUGCCGAAUUGAUCAGAUAUAUAUUUUUCGCACGGCAACGACUAAUUGUAAGUAUAAUUUCGAAUCUCAGGAUACAAUAUCAGCAAUCGAUCAGCGUAUAUAACAGUUCAAAAUCGGCACAUCUGGUAUCCUGGUUUACGUGUUACAAGAAAAAAAGAAAAAAAACCGUAUGAGCUCUAUGCAUGCUUGUAGUGCUACUUCUUCGUCUCAAGCGAAUUGUAUUCUCAAGUUAGACUAUUGUACAGCUGACAAGUUAUCCCUUCUUCCCUCUGGAUAACGCGAAAAAUAUUGUAAAUUAAUCAUCACGCCACAUAAACCUAAACUUUUAUAAUUGUCUUCGUGUAACGCGCAUCCUUCGCGUACGAGUUUCACGAGUUACUUUCGCAUAUUUCUCAAUUAUAAUUUAACAAUUUUUAGUUGAAAUUCAAAUUAAAUUUAAUUUAAUUUUAUGUGCAUUACGUUCAAUUAGAUUUUGUAAUCGGCCGAAAAUGUUAAUGCGCUUAUUAUUACAAGUUACAAGUUUCAUUGUCACUUAACGGCUAAUGCAAAAAUUGAAGAUAGAAUAUAACAAAUUGGGAUAGCGAACAUUUCUUUAUUCUCGUGUAGAGCGCGAUGCGCAUAUUUCGUACGAAAAACACGUGUCUAUAAAAUAGACACAUGUGUAUAGCUUUUCUGUGAUCGCAAACUUGCCUUCUUAUCAAUUUUGCGAGUUACAAGUAGACUACUACCUCCGUUACUACAGCGUAUUCGUACGUACGUACAUAUACAUAUUAUACAUGUGGAUGUGCGUGCGUGCGUACGUACACGUGUGUGCAUGCAUGCGUGCACAUUAAUUUUCUUAAUCAUCAAGUGCAAUCUUUGCACUUACUAUUGCUAAUCCCUACUGUACUAUUGCUAUUUGUUUUUUUCUUUUUUGUUUUGUUUUGUUUUGUUCAAAAGAAGAGACACGUCGCGGGGAUACAACGUUAUUAUUUGUAACGAUUUACAAUCGUACAUACAUACAAUAACGAACGGAUGCAAUAAACAAGUGAGAAUAAGAUAACAUCAAUGUCAAAAUGUCAAAAUAAAUCAAAAUAAAAUAUGAAAAUUAAUAGAUUAAAGGAUUCCCAGAAAUAAUCCACAAUUGAAAUGUCGUAGGCUAAUGGUCCAUGUUAUACGUAUAAACAGUUAUAUUAAUUUAUUGCAGGGUAUUGACAUUUUAAUUCAUUGAUGUUAUGUUACUACUUGUUUGUGUUUUUACUGGGAAAAGUAUAGUAGCGAUAAUUGAAAAGUGUUACCAUUAUUACGAACACGAUGAAACAUUGGCAAUUAAGAGAGUCGAUCUUUACUCAUCUUGGAAUGUUUUAAAUGGAAUAUACAUACAAUUACUUACAAUUAGCAAAAUGAAAAUUUUGCAUUGCGAUGGAUAUCCAACGCCAUACGAGAUAGAGAGACGUUCUUUAAAACUAGUCAAAAUCGCCCUGUAUGAUCUUUUAGGUAUUUUAUCGAUUCCACGGAAAAAUUUUAUAUUCCAAAAAGAUAUCUGUUAUAGUCAGUAUAGGAAUACGCGUACGUACGUAUUAUACAUAACAUUACGAGGCCUUUAUACGGAGAAACAAAAUAUGAAAGAUAUUUACUGCUUUCACAAAUAUUAAGCAUUAGAUCGGUUAGGUAGCAACGACCGCGCGUUAACAUAUAACGAUUCGAGUUUCGAAUAUUAAAUUCUUUAUUGCAGUUAGAAUGCCGAACUGACAAUGAGAUAUAAUUUGAUACCCGAAAGUAUAACCACAAAUCACAGAUUGAAUGUUGAAUUGAAUUCCGAAAAUACUAUAGAACGUAUUUCCGAUUAGAUCACGAAUCGAUCAGUAUCACGUGUAUAUGCAAUGCGUAAGCGUAUCUGCAUGGUGCCAAGUCCAAAUUAUGAGAGUGCAAUAAUUUGUUUUUCCCAGCAUGUACGCUCGACUUGCAUUAUACAUCGGGCGCGUAAGUACGCCGCGCAGCCUUGUAUGGCAUCUACGAAAUGAGUAUAAAGCAAUAUUUUAAUAUAAAAAGAAAAAUUGUGUAUUUCAUAUAUUUACGAUAUCAAGUUGCCGGCUUCAUGAGAGUCUGACGACUUUCAACGGUAGUAUUAAGCGAUAUAUAUAUAUAUAGUUAUUAAGACGAGGAACGGGACGCAAAUAUAAUCUGUGAAAGGAUAAAUGAGGACUUUUUAAUAGAAUUCUGAAAAUGGGAAAAAGAAAGUCUCGGUGCGAUUCCUUCCAAUAAAAAAGAGUAUUUGCAAAAAAGAGUAUGUAGAAGGAAAGUUAAGCGCAAGUAUGGACGUUUCAAUUGUACGACGAUAAUUGCAGCAUUUCGCUUACAUUAUAUAUUGUAUGAAAUUUAAUUGUAUGUCAAGUCGUAUUAGAAAUUCGGCAUAUUGAAAAAUCUUGAAAAUUUUACCAAUCUUCAUCUAUAUUUCCAACGAUUCUGAUAUCGUUCAUUAGAUCGUUACGACAUAUAGCGAUCUAUAGCGCGUCCCUAAUGCAUCCAAUAUCUUGUGUAUACCUAAAUGUGAUUCGAUACACCUAUUGGCGCAAAAUAUUACUGAUUUAAACAUUCUUGUUGACUCUUAAAUAUUAAAGGAAUGAAUUUAUGAUUAGUCUCACAA